AUGAAUUUAGCGACCGGCACAGGGCUCGUGGUCACUAUAUCCAACUUCCCACGAGCCGACGCCUUUCCAAAACUCGACAAACCGAACGCGAAAAGCUCCCCGAGCGACAGCCUCCCGGACAAGAACCCUUGCCAAUACCGAGGCUCGACCUCGAAAAAGCUUUCAACAAACCUCCUCCUCUCCCACACCUUCCCACACAUCUCGGGCCCACGAAUAACCGACCCUCCGCCGCCACCAAGGCACUCGACAAUCGCCCCCGCGACAGCUGGCGCCACCGCCAUCGCCCGAGCCAACGUGUACCCAGUCGCUGGGUGCACGACUCCCGAGUUCGCCCCAAAAGCCAUAACGAUCUGCGGAAUCUUCGGUAGCGGGCCCCCCAACACGAUGAAGCACCUCUCUUCCUCGAUGACCGUCUUCACUCGAAUCCCGAGAUGCCUAAGCCUCGCCGCCAUGCGGCUCUUGGUCUCCGCGUAG